CAACCGCAUUCCCAGAUCUGGAAACUCGAUGGAUUUCCAUGGAAUCCAGCUCCAAAUCUCUUUCGGUUCCCGCCAUUAGGGUUUGUUUCUCUAGCUUUGGAUUUCUUCUUUAUAUUGAUUGAUUUGGUUGCCGCUGUGAAUUUAUUGUGUAUAUUUUGGUGAUCAUUGAGUGAUUCUAGAGUUUGAUUCUUGGAUUUCUUCGGUAUUGCUUUGACUUUAGGUUUUCUUUGGACUCUUUGAAUGGUGAAUUGUUUUAGGUGUUAAAGGUGUGAUCUUUAGCUGUUGGUUUGUGGUUUCUUGUAUGAUUGCCAGAAUUAGAAAAGGAAAGGUGGAAUUUUUCUUUGAAAAAUGAUAAUUGAGUAGAUGAAAGGUUAGGGUUUGAGGAUUGAGUGAUUGUAUUGUGUGUUUGUGUGUCAUUUGUGUACGGAAAAUGGUAAAUGUGAGUGAUUUGAAUAGAUCAAAAAGUAGUAGUAGGGUAACUCUCUUGAAUCAUUUUUCUGAGGGAGUGAUUAGGGCUAGUGGGAUUGCUGAUGAGCUCUCCAAUGGAGAUUCAUCUCUUCAGAGGGAUUUCAGUGCUUUAAGGUUGUCAAAAAAUGUGGCCUUGAAUAAGAAGAAGAAGAAGAAAAAGAGUAGCCAAGGUAUGUAUUGGAGUUGGGGAAGAACACAGGCAAGGUGUUCGUCUUCUGGUCUCAUUAGUCGUUAUAUAAGAGGUGGCGGAUGUAGAGUUGGUGCUUGUGAUGAUUUUGAUUUGAGUUUCAGGAAAAGGUCUAAUGUUUCAGAGGACUGCAUGCUGCAUAGGCUGGCUUCUGGGGUUGAAAAAAUCGAUGUCGAAUGCUUGGCUCAUGGCACUGCUAGUUUGUUCCAGUGGAAAAUUUCAAAAAAGGCGAAGGAUGUUGAGGAAACUGUGUGUGAACCAGAACCUAUAUUUGAAAUGCCAUUACUCCCUGAUGACGUUAUGGAGAUGAUUCUCAUUCGGCUUCCCUUGACAUCUCUAUUGGCUGCUCGUCAAGUGUGCAAGAAGUGGAAAUUACUGGCAACCACACCGCAUUUUAUGCGGAUGAGGUUGCAGGGUUCUUAUCAGAGUCCGUGGUUGUUCUUGUUUGGCAUUUCAACUAAUAGAUCUUAUCAUGGUGAGAUGCAUGCUUUGGAUGUUUCACUAGAUCAGUGGCAUAGGAUCAGUGAUGAUGCGCUGAAGAAUAGGUUCAUGUUUUCAGUUGCUAGCAUGGGCAAUGAGAUUUACAUCGUGGGUGGUUGCUCUAGUUCUGUCCAAUUGAACUUGCCAUUGAAUGACGACUCCUUUAAGGUACACAAAGGGAUGUUGGUAUUCAAUCCUUUGACUGGUUUGUGGCGGAAAGCUGCACCUAUGAACUCGGCAAGGUUGCAUCCUGUCCUGGGAGUCUUUCAUGUUAGUGCCAAUUGCAGCAUUUUCAAUGCAAACACUCAUCGCUCCUCAAACCAUCAUCUAAAGUCUCGGUCGUUUAGGAUCUCGGAUGUUUAUGAAGAUCCUCACAGGUUUUCUCUCAGGUGUCAGGUCAGUGAUUAUCUUCAUGAGACUCGCCACCAUUCACAUGAACUGAACAGAGAACCAUCAGAAUUUGCCAGAGAAAAUAGCAACAAUCAGCUGAGAUUCGCACUGAUCGUCGUUGGUGGUCAUCGGAUUUCUAGUGCUGGAUCAUUGUAUCAUCCUCUAGAUACUGGGGAAAUCUAUGAUCCUGUGACAAAUAAAUGGAUAGAAAUUGCAAGAUUGCCUAGAGAUUUUGGGACUGUUUGUUCUGGUGCUGUUUGCAAUGCGAAGUUUUAUGUCUUCUCAGAGAAUGAUAAACUUGCAGCCUAUGAUCUGGAGAUGGGCUUGUGGGUUGUGAUCCAAGUAUCCCAACCACCUCCGCGCAUUCAAGAGUACAAACUCAACCUCAUAUCAUGUAAUAGUCGAUUGUUUAUGCUAUGCGUAUCGUGGGGCGACACAGAUGGGCUAUUGAACAGGAGGGAGAAAGCUGUGAGGAAGUUAUGGGAGUUUGAUAUAUGGCAUCACACAUGGUCUGAGGUUUCAAGACACCCUGAUGCUCCCAUGGACAGGAAUGCAACCUUUGUAGCUGAUGACGAUAAGAUUUAUGGUACAGAGAUUUUUAAAAUAUUUGGUCAGCUAGUUGAUUUCUUAACUGUGUGUUCUGUUUCUGAUCCUGAACCGCGGUGGAGCCGAUUAUCAAGAAAGCAUGCAUUGCCUGAAGCAGAUGGUGUUUCAUUCCUGAUAAAAAACAUGCUGGUGUUGCAACUCUGAAGUGCAUUGCAGUUUCUGUUAUCAAAUUCAGAUGAA